AUGUUGGACAGACUACCCUCCGAGCUUGUUGAUAUCAUCUUUGACGAUUGUGACCGUCCAACACGGAUACGCAUCUUGCAGUGCUCCCAGAAGUUUCGGCAAGCCUUCAGACCACGGAUUUACCGGCACAACGUUCUGUCAGAACGCUGUUCUGCUGCCCGAUGGGCAGUUAUUCACUGCCGUGAUGAUGCCGUGGCAUUCCGCGUAGUCGAGGCAUCGGUGUAUGCUGGGAUGGAUGUUUGGGCCCCGCAGUUCGCCAUCACGCUGACCGAAAUGUUCCCAAGGCGGUUUGUAUUGAAGCUUUCACGAAUUCUGGGUCAGUCUGCUGCUUGCCUGUCCCCAUUUGCCGUCGCCGUUCUCAAGCGAAGAGAGGAACUCGUCACGUCGAUUCUAAGCAUGACGAGUGCAACGGAAUGGCACUUGGACAAGUUGCUUGCUCCAGAUAUCAUGACGUAUCUGGGAAAGUUGACAGGAGACCAGCCGUCAUCAAGUAGCCAACUUACGCCUCUUCAUAUUGCCUCCGCCACUGGUCUGGACGCUGUCGUCAAGCGAAUCCUCGAAAAACCGGCACCGGGGGUGGUCUCGAAAGACGCGCGUGACCGCACCCCGCUGUCCUAUGCGCCCCCGAGAACCACGCGGACCUCUUGGAACACUGUUGCCGAAAUGGCCUAUUUCGCCUUGCCGCAUGUUUCCUUGAACUCGAAGUACGAUGUGACCUGCAACAUCUCCUUCGCUUGGCUCUUCUGGCUCCCUCGGCGUCUUUUCCGGGGAGGUCUAGCUCCGAUAGAGACGUCUUGA